AUGACAGAAUAUCACAGAGCAGCGCUUUCUCAGUCUCCUUUAUCACCCUUGACUAAAGCCGUAGAGGUAUCACAGCGAAACAACCCUGAAGACAACUUCAGUGGGGAUACCAUUCACCCAGUUGACAAAUAUAUUUUGAAUGAUGUACCAAGAGAGUUUAUGUCAUCCCAGGCAAAAGCAGUUAUUAAAACUACUGAAGAUUAUUUGCAGCCCCAGUUUGGCCCCAACAGACUUUUGCAUUCAGCAGCAGUAUCACAAGGGUCAAGACUUCAAGAUUGCUCCACACAUCAAACAGCAUCAGAUCAUAGCCAUGAUGAAAUAUCAGACCCAGAUAGCUACGAAUCAAACAGUAAAAACAAUUCUUGUUUUAUAUCAGCAUCCAAGAGAAACAGACCUGUCAGUGCUCCAGUGGGUCAACUGAGAGUUGCAGAGUUCUCUUCUUUAAAAUUUAAGUUGGACCAGCAUUGGCAUAGAUUGUCUCAAAGACACAAACUUCAACCCAGAGUGAUUAGAGUAACAGCUUACAAAAAUGGAUCUAGAACAGUCUUUGCCAAAGUUACUGUACCAACCAUCACCUUGUUGCUGGAGGAGUGCACGGAAAAGCUGAAUCUGAACAUGGCCGCACGACGAGUGUUCUUGGCAGACGGCACUGAAGCCCUCGAACCUGAAGACAUACCCCGUGAAGCUGACGUUUAUGUUUCAAUGGGAGAGCCCUUUUUAGAUCCAUUCAAAAAAAUAAAAGACCAUCUGUUGUUAAUGAAGAAAGUAACUUGGACAAUGAAUGGGCUGAUGCUUCCUACUGAUAUCAAAAGACAGAAAACCAAGCCCGUUCUUUCUAUUAGAAUGAAGAAACUUACUGAGAAGACAUCAGUCCGAAUUCUGUUCUAUAAGAAUGGCCUGGGGCAAGAUGGGCAUGAAAUUACAGUGGGAAAGGAAACAAUGAAAAAGAUUUUAGAUAUUUGCACAAUGAGGAUGAACCUAAAUUCACCAGCCAGAUAUCUUUAUGAUUUGUAUGGCAGAAAAAUUAAAGAUAUAUCAAAAGUUCCUCUGCUUGAAAAAUGCCUGCAAAAUUCCAUCACACCUUUGCGGGGACCAGUUUGGGUCUCUAAGGGAGAAGGUUUCAGCCCCUCAGGAGCUAAGAUGUACAUCCAAGGAGUUCUUUUGGCCUUGUACCAACGAUUAAAGUCUGCAAAAAAAUAUUAUAAACAGUUGAACCUGGCUGUGGAUGAACAGAAAGGGGAAAUUACUGAAAAAGUCAUUCUUUCAAUGACAGUGAAGGAACACCAUCAAGCACAAGAAGAAGUGAACAGGCUGAUUGAUGAAUUGCAGACAGCUAUCAAAAGCAACAGAGGUCAUCUCUCUAAACUUGGCCCCCAAUUACAGGCUGAGCAGGAGCAAUUCUCCUCUUACGUCUUCCAACACAUUAAGAGCCUUCCAGCAAACACUCUUAUCCCAGGAGGCCUGCAGCUCAAGAUAUAUGAAAAUGGUAAAGACACUGGAGAGAUCUCUGUCUGUAUCAGUAAAAAAGAUCUGGGACCUAAUAGCCCAACUCAAACUGGCUAUAUGAUGGAAAGAUUACGUCUCAAGAUUCAUCAAAGACUUCAAGGUUCUUCCAUCAACCCACCAGGCCUCAAUUUUUCUUCAAUCCGGCUUUUCGAUGAACAUGGUCAAGAAAUUAAGAAUCCACUUUUGCUGAAGAAUGAGCAAAAAAUUUGGGUGUCUUAUGGGAAAGCGUACAGAUCUCCACUAAACCCUGUUUUGGGUUUGACCUUUGACCAGGUGACUGCAUUUGCCAGAGGUGGCGUUACAGUUGCAUAUAAAACCUUCCUGGAUCCUAAUGCGGUUCUGCUACCUGGAUGUGGCAACUGGGAAGUUUGUGAGGGAUUUCCAGUUAAUUUCAAUGGUACCAGUCAACAGAUACCGGAUCAAUUUGAAAAGGUGGACUUGGAGAACCAUUUCCUACAGAACAAGGUGGAUCCCAGUGUUAUCCUUCAUGCCUCCGUUUCCAUCAGAAAGCGGAGUUUCUCAAGUAGUGAAGAGAGCAGGGGGAGUCAGAUAGCACCAUCGACCCUGUGGCCUGCAGCCAGUGUGUGGCUGAUCACAAAGACUGGAAUGAUCCUGAGCCGUGCAAUAACUCAGGGCUGCCUAGCUACUGGUCAUCCAGUCAGAGUCAAGGCCACUGAGGGAACCUCACUAGAAGGAUACAAACUAAUCCUGCAGAAAAGACAUAAAGGAGAUGAUGCUCAGAAGUGGGUGUUUGGAACUGAUGGUUGCAUUUAUUCUAAGGCUUAUCCUCAGUUUGUUCUGACCUACCUAGAGGAGCUAAAUGCACAAGUGGAUGUGACCCAGACAGAGUAUCACCUUCACCAUGGUGCCUGGACUGCAGAUCAUCAGGAACAUGGCAGCAGCUUAGCAGAAGAGGUUCUGCAAAAAAGUGCCAGUAUUCCUGGUCUGAAGCAGCUGCCAGAGCCUUCAGACACCCACUUAAUGCCAGAAGGUUCUCUUGGAGAGACAGAGCAGCUGACAGUGGCACUGGUGAAGAAACUGGAAGAGAAACAUCCUAAGGCUUCUGCUCAGAGGUGGGCCAUAAAACAUGAAGGGACCAGUAAGCCAGACCAGUGGAAACAUUCCAGAGUAGAAAAUCCUCUCUGGAAUAAGCUUACCUACAUGUGGCCAGUCCUUCCCAGUGGCCAACUUAAUGAGGAGUUUGAUUGGCCAAUAGAAGGGCUGCUUCUUCCAAACAGUCCUCCCAUGAAGAAGACCAUCUCUAAGACACCGGAGCAAUAUGUCCCUGUGAGACUCAAAGUUUUGCGGAAUGGAGACAAGAACAAAACCAGAGCCCUUACUAUAAUCAGUCCAGACAUCUCACCUAGGAGGAAAAUGCAGUGCACUGAAAUUUUAAAUUUACCUUCUGCAGCCCGGAGACUGUUCACUGAAAAGGGGAAGGAAAUCUUUGCCCUAAAAGACCUUCAAAGAGAUGAACUGGUGUAUGUUUCAUGUGGCGAACACUGGAUCAGUCCUGACCUGUCCAUUGCUCAGCAGAAGAAGCAAAUCUUCCUGAGGAACUUAGCAUCAGAUAUUUCUAAAAUUCAAACCUUCUGCAGUACACGUAAGAUAGAGGCUCUUGUUUUAGAAGUCCAAAGUGACAUUGUGUCAGGAGCCAAGCUUGCUGUGCGGAAACCAAUUUUUGGAGAAGAGAAGCAAAGUAUAGAACCAGAGGAAAAGCAAAUGCACGAAAAUGCUUUAAUAUCGGAAAAUGCUUCCAGUGAAAUUCUAGAUUCACACGCAAGAGCCCAUCUCCGAAUGAAGGCUUGUCACACACGUCUCAGGUAUGCCUGGCAGGAAACUUCUCAUAACUUUGAUGAGGAUGACAGUCUUCCAAAGAAAACAGAAGAAGAGCUCUUUGAAAAUAUGGAACCAGAGAAGAAAUACAGCCAUUCUCCAAAACAGAGUAAACUGCAGAAGUUUUGCCACCAGCAGUUUGAAUACAGAGAUGGGCAAAUUAUAAGCUAUGCCGUUCCUCAGCUAGUCUUGGGGGUGCAAGGCCCCAACCUGCGUUCAGGCAUGGAGGUGGUUUUGGUGGAGAAAAAAGCAGUCAAUAGUCAUCAACACUGGGUGCACAAGGAAUACAGCAGGACCUUUCACCUGAUGAGUAACCCAGACCUCGUGCUGGCAGUGUCUGUGACCAAGGCUAGAGAUGAAGUCUGUGGCUAUCCUGUUAUUGUUCAGAAAUACAAACCUCAUAGCAAUGGAACUUCUAAUCAAAAGUGGAAUUACAUGAAAAAUAUGAAAGCUUUUAAGGCCUUUUACAGCACUGCACUGGAUAAGGAAAUCACAGCAGCAAACUAUGCUGGUAUUUGUACAUCCUCUGUGAUUAAAGAAGAAAACAUUGAUCAACCAGGAUACUAUUAUCUCUCACCCAAUGGAAAGAAAAAAACAACGCUCUGUUUGGCGUGUGGACAAUCCCUGAGAGCAGAGGAGGGACUGAAACAGUUGCUUCCAGGACUGCCAUUCCUCUGUGCCUCGGGCUCCAAGACCCAGAAGCCCUUCUCGCAAGGGCCUUUCAAGGUCAUCAAUGUGGCCAAGGCUGAUUUAUCUUCUUAUGAGGCUGAAAACACUUUAAGUUAUUAUGAAGAACGUCUAUUAUCUUUACGAAUGAAGACCUGCACGCAAGUUGUAUCUCAUAGUGGCACGACAGUUAUGCACCAGAAGGCAGUGAAAAUAAUUGCGUACAAAAAUGGAGAUGGAUAUCGAAAUGGGAAGUUAAUUGUGGCUGGAACAUUCCCCAUGCUUCUUACAGAAUGCACGCAACAACUUGGUCUCGCCAGAGCAGCCGCCAAAGUAUACACCAAAGAUGGAACCACAAUCCUUUCCUUGCGUGAUUUGGUUUUAUGGGCUCUGGAUGAAUCUUUUAUCCAGAGUGACUCUGAGGAACAAAAGGAAGAGGCAUCCCCUGUUGAAACAAAAGAGACACCUGCUAAAAGAAACUCAAGAAUGAAAAUGAAAACCAAAUUAUUUCCAAAGUCUGUGACAUCUGAUAGCUGGGAUGACAUAGAUAAGUCUUUGCUCACCCUCAUCUUCAGAAACCCUAUUGCCAUCUGGGCAUCUUGUGGUGAACCAUUUCUGUCUCCGUAUGCUUUGAAGAAAGCAGAAAAAAUAGAAAAACAGAACUGGCUGAAAAAGGACAAAGUUUUGGCUGAUCUAGACACCAUGAAACACAAAAUGAGACAGUUAAAAGGGCGGCGGGUAGCAGCAUGUCAGCCAGCCACCAUGGUUCCCAACAAAAGCCCUGUGCAGCCGGUGGUAGUGGAAGGAGGCUGGACUGAACAGACUCAAGAGGAAAUUAAACUCAUGGACCUUAUAAGACAUACAGAGGCACACCUUUCUGAUGUGCAAGAACUGCAAUCCAAGAGAAAUUCUCCAGUUGCACCUAAAUGUAUAUCAUUCAAGCAGAGCAGCCUGUAUAAACAACCCAAUACAAAACGAGUAUGGACUUAUCUAAAUGGGGGCAGACCUGAAAAUGGCACUUACGCCUGGGGCAAAACUAUUUCAGAGCUGUUGGAUGACUGCUCCUCUCGUCUCAAACUGGCCCACCCAGCCAGAACACUCUACACCCCUGACGGAGAGCCAAUUUACUCGUGGGAUGACGUAGAGCGAGACAUGGUCCUCUGUGUGUCCACUGGACAUGGCUUUACAACCCAAAAAGAGUUAAAGCAACUGGUGGAGGUCAGAGCAAAUUAUGCCCGAAUCCGAAGGCAACAGGGCGCUCAAGCCACAGAUGUUGUGCCGUCGCCAUCUGCAAAGCUGCGGCCUCUGGUACCUCAACACAGUGAAUUCCUAGCAGAGCCAUCCUGGUUUGUGCUGUGCUGCGCUGGGGUAGCCUGUGUGGACGACUCGUCCGUUUGCUAG